AGACCGGGGCGGGCAGGUAUAUGCCUGGUCUAUUGAAUGUUUUUCAUUGGGCCUUGCUGAUUGUAAUUGAGUAGGCAACGCGCACUGGGAACUGUAUUCGUUGUAGGGUGAACGGCAAGUUGGCGUCGGACGGCACAAGUCUAAUCCUGGGUAUGAGUGCCCUAACUGCUGAAAACAGCUCUGAGGCUGCCUGGCAGGUCAAGUAACUUACAUAUUUUCCUCAUAGAUAGCAGCACUUGCUGAUGAUGGAGGUGGCCCAUUCAUAGGGCAAAAAUCACGAAAAACAGCAUAUUCCGAUGAAAAUUUGGUUUCGAAAUGUAGCGGAUCGUCGUCGGGACGUCCAAAUACCCCGAAAUAACCCUCAACAUGGCCAAUUCAUUCAGUGGUUUCAGAGGAGAUAGAGCAAAUUACUCUCCAGACGUCUCCAGUAAUAAGAUAUAGAUACUAUCAUUUGACGUCACGACUCUUAAUAUCACACUUCCUUGUCACCCAGUGCAGUUCGUUUGGAUAAUAUCAUACCCACUCCAAGGAAAUUCAGAGUCUGGACGGGAUAGAAUGGCCCAGGCGACUGAAGAGACACCUUUAAAAUGCUCUGUAGACAUGCACCCGGGAGAUGACGGCGCAACCACCAGCACCACAACCAGGGACAGUGUCACAACCAGGGCGGACAGUUUCUUCAUCAACACUUCUUCCUUCAGCCGGAAUGCCAAACUCGCUACUUUCUUCAUGUUUUUUACCGUCUUCCUUGAGCGGCUGGGAUACUACAAUGUUGGGAAUAACCUUACGGUGUUUGCCAAAUUUGGAUUAAACUUCUCAACAAAUGAGGCGGUCACAACCAGUUCAGUUUUCAGGGGCACCAGUUACUUCUUGCCUCUCUUCGGGGGAAUUUUGGCAGACUCUGUACUCGGCACCUAUCCAACGAUAUACGGAGGACUCUUUCUGGAGUUAAUUGGAAUGCUUUUCUUUUUGGUGCUGACCAGCAUUUCAAACAGCAUAACGAAGUCGACGAAGCUUGGCCUUGUCUUUCCCGGGCUGGUCUUCAUCUCGCUUGGCCAGGGCUUCAUCAGGGCCAACAUCCCAAUCUUCGGAGCGGAACAGCACGGGAGCCGGGGAGAAGAAAAAGUGGACACUUUCUUCAGAUGGUACUAUUGGGUGAUCAAGCUUAGUGCUUUCUUCGCCAUCCUGCCAUUUUCUCUAAUCCUGAGCGGACCAGAGGGCAACCUUAAAGAUGCUAUCGUCCAACUUGUCACCAUAGGACUCGCAUUGACUAUCUACAUAUUCGGCAAAAAGACUUACAACAUCGUGGCGUCGGAGGGUUCGACGCUCUUCCAACUGUUCAGGACAUUGUGCCUAAAGAGGUCCUAUAGAGAAGAUGAUGAACUGACCAUCGAGUCCACCCUUCCACAGCAUGGGGUGGGCAUCCAGGAGAGACAACUCAUACGACAUUUAGUUGAACUGGUCAAAAUUUUUGGGUCCCUUAUGCUUUUUAUCACCGUCUACACACAGACGGAGUCCACCUACAUCAUCCAGGCCAGUCAUAUGAACACAACCAUGGGUACAGUCCAUAUCGCAAGAAGCAUCAUGCCCAUAUUUGAUUCCAUCAUCGUCCUCACGAUUGUACCAGUGGUUCAUUUCUUUAUAAUACCCACGCUGAAGAAGUAUGACAAGAAGCCUGGGCUCCUCAAUAGCAUCGCUAUUGGUUUGGUAUUCUCCACUGCCUCUGCCCUUGCUGCCGCAAUCCUUGAGGUGGUCAGGCACUUCUACCAUGACCGUGGGGUGAUACUAUCAGUAUUUUGGCAAAUCCCCCAGUUUGCAUUGAUGGGAAUAGGAGAGAUAUUUACUAUGAUAUCAGGCCUCCAGUUUGCCUAUCUGGAGUCCCCCAAAGGCAUGAAGGGUUUCGUGAUGGGGCUGUUCAUCUGUUCAUGGGGCCUGGGGAGCUACCUGGGGAUACUGUUGACGUGGAUUGUCAAUUGGGCUUCAGGUGACAUCUGGUAUCCCGACGACUUCAACAACGGCCAUACAGAAUAUUUCCUAUUUCUUCUCUCGGGCCUCUCUUUCAUUACAUUUUUCCUUGUUAAAGUCUUCGCUCACGGAUACAUCAGCAUCAACGACAGAGUAAGACUUAUAAAUACGGGACAAGCCACCCAACAUGAACACCUAAGGACUACCAGCUCCACUCCGAGGCAUAGCACAUAUGAUUCAUCUUCAUUGAGUAAGUCAUCGAGUGAGGACGAGGACCCAGAAUUGAAUGAACAAUUCAACCAAUUUUUAGAGAGAGGGCGUGUUGGUGGCUCACCACCACCUUGCCCUUGAAGUGGAUUUUGGGAACAUUUCUGAGGAAACACUUAAACAUUUGUGCAAUUUCAUUUCUGUUUGGUUUUUACACGGCUGUUGUCAGUCUUAUUCUGGUCUCAUUGAAUUAAAUUAUCAUAACC